AUGAAACUGUUUUAUUUUAUAAAAUUAAUUUUUUCAUAUUUUCUAUACAUUUUGAAUUUUAUUGAUCGCACUGAAUCUAUUCAAUUGGAUUCUACAUCCACUCAUGGUAGUUACACACCUAGUUUGGAAAAAAACGACAUACCUAACGAAAUCGCAAAAAUAUUCACUUUCAAAGACAAGAACUCAAGCAAUGUGUGUUUUUUAAGAAACACGUAUCUGGACAUAGAUGAAGUUCCAAAGGAAUGUACUUGCACGUUUUCGAGACUCCAAAAAAUUGAGUUGGAUUGUGCAAAUGAACAGAUUCUAAACGCUAAAAAUUGUGAUAAAAAUAUGUGCGAAACCUGCUGUGUUCUGAGCCUCUCUCCGAAGUUCAACAAGGACUUUUCUAACUCAGAAGCGCCAGUCAACUGCAAAAUGAGAUGUUUUAAUUCUCCAACUGUUACAGAUAUCACUCAGGACUCUCUACAAACUUUAAACGAUUAUCUCAUCAAAAUUGAUUCUCUAUAUAACGUUCAGCCUCCUAAAAUCCAUGUAGAAGGGAAAAAAGAGGUUCCAACUCAAUAUGAAAUUCUGCCGCUAAACAACAAGGAUGAAAGUCUGUAA